AUGGACAACAUCUUGGAUAUUCUACAGAACAUUCAUAUUGGUGCAGUCGUUGCAACUUUCCUUUUUAACACUGGACGUAUUACAUGUUUAAAAGCAGUACACAUCUUUAACGAAUGUUUGGUUCUCCUCAACGGCAAAGCCCUAGAGACAAUCAAAGAACUUACCACACCACUUGUUAUCUAUGUAUACCAUAAACUUCUUGAUGGGUAUACUCUUAUGUACGAUCACACAAGGGCGAUAGAAUGUGGUAAAAAACUUCAAGUGACACUACACAAUAGUGGCCAAAAAGAGAAAGAAGGGAUAAUAUUACUUAAACUAGCGAAUAUCUACUAUCAAAGAAGCAAAUACGAGGAAGCAAAACAGUUUUACGAGAAGGCACUCAGCAUCAUGAUUGAGACUGGAAACAAUCGCGGAGUUGGAAUAUGUUACGGAAAUCUAGGAACUGUGUUUCAAUCUGUUGGUCAAUAUACCAAGGCUGAAGAAUACAUUUGGAAAGCACUAGUGAUCAGGAAAAAAAUUGGUGACAAACAAGGAGAAGCAUCAGAUUACGGAAAUCUAGGAACUGUGUUCCAAUCGGUUGGUCAGUAUACCAAGGCUGAAAAAUAUCUUCAAAAAGCACUAGUGAUCAGGAAAGAAAUCGGUGUCAAACAAGGAGAAGCAUCAGAUUACGGAAAUCUAGGAACUGUGUUCCAAUCGGUUGGUCAAUAUACCAAGGCUGAAGAAUACCUUCAAAAAGCACUAGUGAUCAGGAAAGAAACCGGCGACAAAAAAGGAGAAGCAUCUGAUUACGGAAAUCUAGGAACUGUGUUCCAAUCGGUUGGUCAAUAUACCAAGGCUGAAGAAUACCUUCAAAAAGCACUAGUGAUCAGGAAAGAAACCGGCGACAAAGAAGGAGAAGCAUUAGAUUACGGAAAUCUCGGAACUGUGUUUCAAUCGGUUGGUCAAUAUACCAAGGCUGAAGAAUACCUUCAAAAAGCACUAGCGAUCAGGAAAGAAAUCGGUGACAAAAAAGGAGAAGCAUCAGGUUACGGAAAUCUAGGAACUGUGUUUUUUUCCGUUGGUCAGUAUACCAAGGCUGAAGAAUACAUUCAAAAAGCACUAGUGAUCAGGAAAGAAAUCGGUGACAAAGAAGGGGAAGCAUCAGAUUACGGAAAUUUAGGAACCGUGUUUUUGUCUGUUGGUCAAUAUACUAAGGCUGAAGAAUACCUUCAAAAAGCAGUAGUUAUCAAAAAAGAAACCGGUGACAAACAAGGAGAAGCAUCUGCUUACGGAAAUCUAGGGACUGUGUUCCAAUCUGUUGGUCAAUAUACCAAGGCUGAAGAACACCUUCAGAAAGCACUAGUGGUCAGCAAAGAAAUCGGUGACAAACACGGAGAAGCAUCAGAUUACGGAAAUCUAGGAACUCUGUUUAAAUCUGUUGGUCAAUAUACAAAAGCUGAAGAAUACCUUCAAAAAGCACUAGUGAUCAGGAAAGAAAUCGGUGACAAACAAGGAGAAGCAUCAGAUUACGGAAAUCUAGGAACUCUGUUUAAAUCUGUUGGUCAAUAUACAAAAGCUGAAGAAUACCUUCAAAAAGCACUAGUGAUCAGCAAAGAAAUCGGUGACAAACAAGGAGAAGCAUCAGAUUACGGAAAUCUUGGAACUUUGUUCCAAUCGGUUGGUCAAUAUACCAAGGCUGAAAAAUAUCUUCAAAAAGCACUAGUGAUCAGCAAAGAAAUCGGUGACAAAAAAGGAGAAGGGGCGGAAUGCGGAAAUCUAGGAGCUGUUUUUAUAUCUGUUGGUCAAUAUACCAAGGCUGAAGAAUACCUUCAAAAAGCUCUAGUGAUCAGCAAAGAAAUCGGUGACAAAAAAGGAGAAGCAUCAGGUUACGGAAAUCUCGGAACUGUGUUCCAAUUGGUUGGUCAAUAUACCAAGGCUGAAGAAUACCUUCAAAAAGCACUGAAGAUCAACGAAGAAAUCGGGGACAAAGGUGGUGUUGGAGCUUCAUACUUAAAUCUGGGAGAACUUUGUCGAGAAUUUCAGCUUAAUGCGAAGAGUCGAGAAUUUGCUAAUAAAGCCCUUGAGAUAAGUUACGAAAUUCGGGACAUUGAAUUGCAGUUUUCCAGCCACCUUACCAUUGCUCUGAACGAGUUAGUGGCAGGAGGAAGCAUAACUGAACUUGUGCUACGAAAUCUCUAUGAAAGCAUUCAAAAGUGCGAAGAAAUGCACGAUUGUUUCAGAAUGAAAGAUCAAUUCAAAAUUUCUUUUUUUGAUGAGCAUGUGUCCCCUUACCUUCUUCUUUGUAGGUUGUUGACUGCUAGAGGCAGUUAUUGUGAAGCUCUUUACGUUGCCGAGCUUGGACGGUCCAGAGCACUUGCAGACAUACUGUCACAUAAGUACUCUGUGGAAAAAGAGGUGUCAGUGAACCUACAGCCAUGGGUUGGUGUUGAGAAUUUCAUGAGCAAAAAUGCCCCUAGUUCCUGUUUAUACGUAUCCUGUUUCCAUGCAAAUAUGCGUUUUUGGAUCCUUAAGCCAAACAAAACCAUAGUUUUUCGACAAACGAAACUCAAAGAAAGUGCAGCUAAGGUGUUUGAAAAUCAAAGAUUCGGUGGCCCUCAAAAUUUACGUCAAGAACAUUGCGAAGAUCGAUCAUUGUUUUCUUCAUAUUUAAGCUCCUUGCCAUCAUGCAAACCGUCUCAGGAUGACACCGUCGCAACAUUACGCCUUAUAGAAGAAGUGGAACACGAAACGCACGACUCUGAGGCGCUCACCCUUGCUGAUGGCUACAACAUCAUCGUCGCUCCUGUAGUUGACUUACUACAAGAAUCAGAAAUCAUUAUCAUACCGGAUCCACUGUUGUACCCAAUUCCCUUCCCAGCUUUGAAGAAUGAUAAUGGGCAAUAUUUAUCGGAUACUUUCAGGAUUCGUAUUGUACCUUCCUUGACGACUCUAAGGUUGAUUCAGCAGAGUCCAGCAGACUACCAUAGUAAAACCGGUGCAUUAGUCAUAGGAGAGCCAGAGGUCAGUGAUGUAUACUACCAGGGAAAACGUCUACAAUUAUGUCCUUUGCCUGGAGCAAGAAUGGAAGCAGAGAUGAUUGGGCGACUGCUCGGCGUUGAGCCAUUAUUGGGAAAAGAUGCUACUAAGCGAGCAGUCUUGGAAAGAAUGCAUUCCGUAAGUCUCAUUCACUUUGCUGCUCAUGGUUAUGAGGAACGUGGAGAAAUUGCUCUUUCCCCUUUAAGCCAGUGCGGAACUCCGCACGAAGUGGAUUACUUAUUGACGAUGGCUGAAAUUUCACAAGUUCGACUGACUGCCAAGCUGGUUGUCCUUAGCUGUUGUCAUAGUGCUAGUGGCCAAGUGAGAGCUGAGGGAGUCGUUGGAAUUGCUCGAGCAUUUCUAGCAUCGGGUGCACGCGCCGUGCUGGCGGCACUGUGGGCUGUAGAAGACAAAGCUACCAUGCAGUUUAUGAAUCAUUUUUACGAGCACCUUGUUCGUGGUGAAAGUGCAAGUGAAUCUCUUCACCAGGCCAUGAAAUGGAUGAGAGAGAAUCGCUUCUCUGACGUUGAGCAGUGGGCGCCGUUUAUGCUGAUUGGAGAUGAUGUGACAUUCAAAGGUUAG